UUGCAGCCAGAGGACUUAGCACAGCUAUCCAUGCAGCAUCUACACUCGAUCAUGCCGGAGAAGUAGUACCGUGACAGAGGGAAAUCUCUUGUGAAGGAUAAUAGUCAGCCCGACACAGCGAUUCCAGCAGAGGGCACUUCAGGCAUCCAGGCCGGGAGCAUUGGACAUUCGAACACGGCCGCUCAUGAAGUGCGAACCAAGAUGCCUGCGGACAGCAAGGCAGAUAGCGGCUCACCUGAGAGCUGGGAGGAAGUCCAAGCAGAUACCUUAUCGAAGAGAGAGAAAGUGACGAAUACAGAAGAUCACAAGGCACAAGAAAAGACAGAAAAUAGUGGAUCGGGAGCUAAGACACCUAACGUUGAGCAACCGGCUGUUGAGAGGCUAGCCGACAAAAAGCCGGAAAGUGGGGUCACCGGAGGAGACCCCCAAAAACUGGAGCCGCAACAAGACGAGAAGACACAAGAUGAUACAUCCAAAUCUUCUCCUAUUGUCCAAUCAUCUGUUGGAAAGAAAACUCGGUGUCGGAUCAAGAACCCUAUUCGAGCCAAAAUUGUUCUCAAUGAACUCGACGUCGCGAUAGCAGCUCUCAACUACCUCGAAUGGGGCAAAAACAACGGUGGUCAUUCCCUUCAUAAUCAAGGCUCGCAAGACAAAUUUGACCACCUUAUGAAUGGCUAUUACGAGGCUCCACGAGACGCCGAGGGUGGUUAUACUCCUCCAGUCGGUGCAGUACUUCAGUUCACGAACCUUUAUGAUUCCUCAAGAUUCAUGCUUGAUGAGAUUCGCCUAGCUAAAGGGGGUCCUCUAAACCGAGGCGAUGUCCGUGCAUUGUCUCUGGUAAUAAUAAAGGAUCUUCCACGCAUUCCGUUGCCUGGGAAUCCCGAGAUAGACCCGCAUCUGCGACUUCGACUUAAAACUCUACUACAGCAGACCUUUCGAGCACACGGAAAGUUGGAUCCUCAGGUGAUACCCGACGAGGACGAUGAAGACAUGCUCGCUCUCAAAGAUGCCUUCGCGGAAGGUCUGAAGAGAAUUUCUGACGCAAUUGUUGAAGCACUACCGAACGGGUCAACCUUUCAGCGAAUGCUUCUGAUAUUGGUUGCUUUCAGCUGCAUCGGUGCAUUGUACUACUGUGUUUGGAAAUCCUCGAUGCCAUUUUUCUGGAAUGCUUCGUCCUCUGCAGGAAGGUCCGACGAUAUAAAUUUCGGAGGAGAAUCUACCUCUGCCUAUUCGGGUUCCCCAUUUGUCCCCUUGCACCAAUGGGUGGAGCUUUACAAGGGCGACAUGAAUAUGGCUGCCGGCACUUAUGAGGACUGCGAGUUUUGGAUCAUAUCGGCCGUUGACUUGGUGGCUCGUCGAACCGAAAGCCUGACGACCGAAAUGCAAAUGCUUGCAAUGACGAUCUGGUUAUCAAAAAUUCGCAUCCUCCAACCCUUCUUUCGACUAUUCAAUAUUCCAUCUGAGGAGUCCCUCAACGCCAAGGCCCUAAUUUUGUAUGAAAGCUAUCUCUCGGACGUCGACAACGAGAAGCACUAUCCCGAAUCACAUGCUAAGAUGCUCAGAGUGAGCCUGGGGAUUCUCGAGACAGACACGCAGCGAAUAGAGAAAGCAUACCGGAAAAGUUUCCCCUUUCAAUUUCGCAAAUUGCUCGAGGAGGUCGACGCAACCUUCCGAGGAAACAAGCCUGAACCACUUCUCCGUCCAGAUGUGUUAGAACCAUUUCAUCUUCAUUACCAUUACUUCCUGGGUCUAGCUGAAGAUUCGGUGUUUGAAUUGUUUGACAGGCUCAAUAAUUUGAAAGAUGCGAUUGCCGCUCAACGUGGUGGGGAGAAGCCCUUGCAAGAGCAAAUUAAUGAGAUUUCAACGGCCAUUACCGAGUUGAAAUUCGCAAAGGAGUCCGCUAUGUUGACAAAGAAUAAAUUGGAGACUGAUGGGACUAUGAGAGAAGCGGAUGCUGCCAUUUGGGCUUUAUGAUUCUCAUUUCCUUGAUUGGAAACUACAUCUUUUAAUGGAACACUUGGAAUUCUUAUUUUCCGGCGGCCACUUGAGCAAGAUACUCUACACCUCGU